UAUAUGUAAUACAACUCGAUAAAAAAGAUUAGUUGGGGAGAGAUCAGUUUCCGAUCUCUACGUGUUGAUAACAUUACCGGUACAAGAGUGAUUUGCAAUUUACUAUCAAUCAUUCAAUUAAGGAAAAAGUGUAUUUUUCAUACUAUAUACAGUCCCUACAGCUAUUGCACAAUGGGUAUGAAAGUUUACAAGAGGGACACUAGUGGGCCUUGUCGGUCCGUGUUCAUGGUGCUUGAGCUGUUGGGCAUUAAAGAUGUUGAAUACAUUCACAUGAACUUGAUUCAACGCGAACACUUUAGCGAGGAAUACUUGAAGAUGAACCCACAGCAUACAAUUCCGACGUUGAAAGAUGGUGAUUUCGUAAUCUGGGACAGCCACGCAAUCGUGACCUAUUUAGUCAACCAAUACGCAAAAGAUGAUUCCCUCUAUCCUAAGGACCCUAAAAAACGGGCCAUUGUAGACCAGAGGUUACAUUUUGAUAACGGCGUUCUCUUCGCAGCAUUGAAAACUACUAUGGUACCAAUUUUAUACAAUGGUGAGACGGCAUUCAGGCAAGAGAAUCUGGACAAAAUAAAAGAAGGUUAUGAAUUUAUGGAGAAAUUCUUCUCUGGACCCUGGCUUGCAGGAGAGUCGAUGACAUUGGCUGACAUUUGCUGUGUUUCCAAUGUCAGCUCUCUCAAUGAAAUUUUGCCCAUAGAUCAAACACUGUAUCCCAAAUUGUCUGCCUGGUUUGAGAGAUGUUCAAAACAAGACUUCUACAUCAAGAGAAACUUGCCUGGUGUGCAAGAAUUAAAGGAAUUAUUAAAAGUAAAACUUGUAUCUUAAAAAUUAACGAAGUUGAUCGAUCAUCGACACAUUGAAGUAAAGUAGAAAUUGAAGAUUCAUGUUUUGUCGUACAAAUUCAAGUUUUAAUGUUUUGUCAAGAUAUUGUUCCUUAUGCAAAAAUAAUGUAAUGUUUGUUAAAAAUAAAUAAGUGUUCCGUUA